AUGAUCGAGGUGAUUCUGAACGACCGCCUUGGCAAGAAGAUCCGCGUCAAGUGCAACGAGGACGACACGGUGGGGGAUCUGAAGAAGCUCGUGGCAGCUCAGGUGGGCACACGUCCCGAAAAGAUCCGCAUUCAGAAGUGGUACACCAUUUAUAAGGACCACAUUACGCUCGAGGACUACGAAAUCCAUGACGGCAUGGGCCUAGAGCUCUACUACACUUAA